AUGAAGUCGAUGAUGUGUCGACUACUUGGCGCCCUGUGCGCUGUUGUCCAAGCCAACUACUGGGUCCAUUACCCAUCACAGUUCUUGCGGCAGGAACACUCGGCAGCGUGGAGCGAGUUGGCGGAUGCCAUGUACGUCUUCGGCGGCUGGACGGGUUACGCGAAGAGCAACAGCCUCCUCAGGUACGAGCGCAAGGAAAACAUAUGGCUUGAGGUCGAGCCCAGCGGCUCGCGGCCCUCUGCGCGCUACGCACACUCGGCAGUGUGGAGCGAGGCAGCGGAUGCCAUGUACGUUUUUGGCGGCACACCAGGCGGUCGGAAUUAUUUCAAUGAUCUCUACAAGUACGACCGCAAGGAAAACAGCUGGAUUGACGUCAAGGCCAACGGCUCUUUGCCCCCUGCCCGGCACGGACACUCGGCAGUGUGGAGCGAGGAUGAAGAUGCGAUGUACGUCUACAGCGGAGUUGUGGAGUAUGCUAUGACCACCGACUUUUGGAAGUACGAACGCAAGACGAACCGCUGGUUUGAGGUCCCGGUCACUGGCAUUGGGCUGUCUGGGCACUCGGCAGUCUGGAGCAAGAAGGCGGAUGCGAUGUACGUCUUCGGCGGCUACAUGUAUCCCCCCGCUGGCAGUGGCGAGCAUUGGCUUGUCAACCACCUUUUCAAGUACGAGCGCAAGGCAAACCACUGGAUUCAAGUCAGGCCUGACGGCACCCUGCCCUCAGUGCGGAGAGAGCACACAGCAGUGUGGAGCGAGGCGGCAGAUGCCAUGUACGUCUUCGGCGGGUAUGACUUGAAAGAUAAUUUUCCCGAUGGUCUCUACAAGUACGAACGUGAGGCAAACCGAUGGCUUCAGGUCACGACCGGCGGCUGCCCUGCGCGGCGAUCGCACUCGGCUGCAUGGAGCAAAGCGGCGGAUGCGAUGUACGUCUAUGGCGUCGACCAGCUGGACCGUAACAUCCACAAUCAAAUCGACUUCUCUGGCGCUCACGACAUUCGCCGCAUCCACAAGCACGGCCCCCUCGGCCCGGGCGUCCACGGUCGCUUCGACUUCUCUGACGACGUUCACCAGGUCCACCAGCACGACCCGCUCCACCACAAUAUCCACUAUCACUUCGACUUCUCUGACUCUCACGACAUUCACCAGGUCCACAAGCACGACCCGCUCGACCCAAACAUCCACAAUCACUUCGACUUCUCUGACGACGUUCACCAGGUCCACCAGCACGACCCGCUCCACCACAAUGUCCACUAUCACUUCGACUUCUCUGACUCUCACGACAUUCACCAGGUCCACAAGCACGACCCGCUCGACCCAAGCAUCCACAAUCACUUCGACUUCUCUGACGACGUUCACCAGGUCCACCAGCACGACCCGCUCCACCACAAUAUCCACUAUCACUUCGACUUCUCUGACUCUCACGACAUUCACCAGGUCCACAAGCACGACCCGCUCGACCCAAACAUCCACAAUCACGACCACAACAUCCACUAUCACUUCGACUUCUACGACUUUCACCGCGACCACCAGCACGACCCGCUCGACCCUAACAACCACUAUCACUUCGACUUCUCUCGUGACUCUCACCGCGUCCACAAGCACGACCACAAUCACUUCGACUUCUCUCACGACGUUCACCAGGUCCACAAGCACGACCCGCUCGACCGCAACAUCCACAACGACUUCGACUUCUCUUACAACUUCCACCGUUUCCUCGAUUUCCUCAACAAGCACAUCGACGUUCCCCAUCGUGGCGCACGAAGUAUGCAACUCGUGCAUAUGCAAAAUGCCUCAUGGCUCCUAUUCUUGGGUCCCUUGGGCAAGCUGAGCCAUUUCCAACAUUCCACUGGCAGAUUCGACCCACAGAAAGGCAUCUGUGGUUGCUGCAUUGGGACGGCAAGUGAAGAGAAAAGCCAUGGCAUGCGGGUCUAUUCUCUUCAGGCUUUAGCUCCGGAGGAGGACAUGCUGGACACUACGGCAAUCAUCGUCGCCACCGUGAUCUCCGUUGCCGUGCUGCUUUUUGCGGCUCUCGCUCGGGUUAUGUGGCAGCGCAAGACCGCGAGGAAGGGUACUGGGAUGCCCUUCAGUGCCAUGCCCCCCUUGGCCUCCUUGGAGUGUGGAGUUUCUGCAGCUUAUUUGAAAGAGACGUUUCCUGGAGAGGCUCAGGCCGCAGCCGGGAAGCAGAAUCCGAACUUCUACGAGCUUUGCCAAGUCCUUGCCAUCGGUCCCCAUGGUAAAGGCUUUGGCAAGAUCUGCCCACGAGAUGGUAGGCUGAAUUGCAGCAUUGUCGACGCACUCGUCCCUCCUCAGCAGGGGAAAGCCACCCACUUCGUGUCUUGGUGUUGGCAGUACUCUCUCGACAACGUUGUGGAUGCCAUCGCAGUGUGGCUUGAGUCCUCGAACCAGCCCGCUGCUGCCGUGGAUGUCUACUUGUGGAUGUGUUUUUUUUGCAACAAUCAAUAUAGGAUCAUGGAAGAAGGGUCACAGACCGGCUCAGACGAGCUUCAAGACAUUUUUGAAAGCCACUUGGCAAGCGCGGGACACAUGCUGGUGAUCCUGGACUCCUUUAUGCAUCCACACUACUUCUCUCGUGCGUGGUGCUUGUUUGAGACUUUCGUGUGCAUAGAGCAGGACUUCCCAAGGACCAUUCUAUUGCCUAGUGGGCAGCUGGAGGAGUUCCGACAGGUUAUGGAGACAACGGGCCCUAGUCUGGUACGUGAGAAGAUCCAUCAGAUUGAUCUUCGUAGGGCCAGCGCGUCUGUCCAAGCAGACGAGGACACCAUCAAGCGCAUGGUCUACAACUCCUGUGGCUUCGACACGCUGAAUCACGCCGUGCAGAGGGAACUGUUGAAGUGGAUCCUUCACGCAUUCGAGGUUUACAUGCUUAACAGAUGA